UGAGGGUGCACAACAACCUGUCAAGGCCAGUUACACUCACCAUCUUCGCAGAUCAAGUGGGGUGAUCUGGACAGUCUCAGUGGCUGUGCAUCAACCUGCGCACCAUUCGCAUGUUAAGAUGAUGCAGAUCCUCCAUAACAGUGUAAAAUGCAGGAGAUUGAUGUUGUCCCGAGCCUUGCUCCAUAAUCUGCAAAGUGCUAGAUUCUCGGCAGAUACAACGCCAGCAACAGCGUCAGCAGAGGCUGCCUCUACAUCUCCUGCUGUCCCCCAACCAGUGGCACAAGCGCCCAGCUCACAGCAAUUGGGGCAGCCACCCACCAGCCAUGCAGCCAGACCCGCUCAGAGGCCCAAUAGACAACAGGGCAGUUGGACACGAGAGCCUCGGCCGCGGGCUCCGAAGCGGUACCCUGUCCGAAUUUCCAACCUGACCAAGAGCGUCAUUCGCAGCGAUGUCCUGCGCCUCUUCGCCAGAUUCAACGUCACAGAGGGCGACAUCAGGCCAGAAUUCCAGCCGCAGACACUGGAGACAGAGGCUUGGUGGAUCCUGUUCCACACGGACAAGGACCGCAGGCGAGCAGCGCUGCUGCAGAGAAGCUUCCUGGGCACGCACCGAGCCAUCAUGAGGCCCAUAGACAACAAAAGCUACAUGAUUGAUCACCUGAGGUGCCCACUGGCCAUGAAGAGCCAGGGGCGCACCGUGUUGAUGGAGAACCUGGAGAUCAGCACUUCCCUCUCUGGCAUCGUCCGCCACUUUGAGGGCUACGAGCUGCAGCAGAAUGCUGCCACCAUCAUCAACUCUGGCAAGCGGGUAAAGGAGGAGCUGCCGUUAAGGUACUACGAUGAUGAUUUGGAGAGAUUCAACGCUUCUAGGCAGCUCCAGCACAACAACGCUUUAGCCACAGAUGGGAAGAACCAGCAGGAACAGGAAGAGGGCAAGGCUCCAUGGCAGAACAGCCCCACUCUGAGAGCAGUGGUGCGGUUUUCCACCCUUGAGGAGGCGCAGAGGGCUGUGCGCAACAGAAACUAUACUUACAUGGGCAACCGACAGGUCAGGCUGCGUGUGCUGCCAUGAUCUCCCAGCACCGGCAGCAAUAGUUGGACACUCCUGAAUAAGCUGCAUCUGGCUCGUAAAAAGUUAUGCAUGCUUCAGAACACAGUAGGGAUUUGCUUGACGUUCUUCCUGGGUUGCAACUGUUCUCAUACUUGCAGCGUCAGCAGGAUCUGUUGCAACAAUUGUGCAAUAGAGCAAUUGCUGCUUGGAUGGAAUGGCCAGUGGUACCACGAGUGCCUUUUACAAGAAUAAAGAAUGAUUUGCAAGUGUGCAUACCCUCGGUCUAUCGCGAUUUGUGCCAGUAGACUGGCUGGCCUCAGUAUGCCACACAGAUGCACCAUUAAAGCGUUCAUUUGUUCAAA